CCACAACGAAAGCCUCACAGAAUUAGUUAACCAUGGCUGCUCCCUCUCUUCCUUUCUUGCUCGCAUCUUCUCUACUUGUGCUGCUCCUGGCUACACUGUCCAACGCUAAACACUUCCAUCCCAGGGCUCUCGUCCUUCCGGUCUCUAAAGAUGCUUCCACACUUCAAUACCUCACCCGUAUCAACCAGAGAACCCCACUCGUAUCAAUCAGUACCGUAGUCGAUUUAGGAGGCCAGUCCCUCUGGGUUGAUUGCGAUCAAGGCUACAACUCAUCCACUUACCGCCCCGCUCGUUGCCACUCCUCCCAAUGCUCCCUCGCUAAGUCCACCGGCUGCAGCCAAUGCUACUCUGCUCCUAAACCCGGUUGCCAUAACAACACCUGCGGUGUCAUCAUAGACAACACCAUUGCUCACACCGCCACCACCGGAGACCUCGGCUCUGACAAGGUUUCCAUCCAAUCCACCGAUGGGUCUACCCCUGGUCAGGUGGUGACCGUAUCUCACUUUCUCUUCGCUUGCGCCCCUACGUCUCUCUUGGAAGGCCUCGCCAGCGGCUCUAAGGGAAUGGCUGGACUGGGUCGCACCAACAUCUCCUUGCCCUCUCAGUUCGCAUCCGAUUUUCAUUUCAACAAGACAUUCGCUAUCUGCCUCUCGUCUUCCACUUCAUCCAACGGUGUCCUGUUCUUUGGUAGUGGACCCUACAAAUUCCUCCAGAACACCGAUGCCUCCACGAAUCUAAUCUACACCAAGCUCUAUAUCAACCCCGUGAGCACCGCAUCAGCCUACACAUCAGGCGAUGCUUCGACGGAGUACUUCAUCAAAGUCAAUUCCAUCAACGUCAGCAACGAGGCCGUGCCCAUCAAAAAAUCUUUGCUGUCCAUCAACAGGAAUGGCUACGGUGGGACCAAGAUCAGCACCGUCAAUCCAUACACAGUCAUGGAGACGUCAAUAUACAAGGCCGUGACAGAGGCUUUCGUUAAGGCGUCGGAGGCCAGGAACAUCACCAGAGUUGGGGCUGUGUCACCAUUUGGCGUUUGCUUCAGCACGCAGAACGUGGGUAGUACCCGAGUUGGACCGGCGGUGCCGUGGAUCGAUCUGAUUUUAGAGAGUCAAAGCGUGUUCUGGAGGAUCUUCGGGGCAAACUCGAUGGUGCAGGUGAGCAAUGAUGUGCUGUGUCUUGGGUUUCUGGAUGGAGGGUCGAAGCCCAGGACAUCUAUAGUGAUUGGUGGGUAUCAAUUGGAGGAUAACUUGCUACAGUUUGAUCUAGCCAACUCCAGACUCGGGUUCAGUUCUUCUUUGCUCUUCAGGCAAACCACAUGCGCCAACUUCAACUUCACUUCCUCUGCUUAAAACAACCAAUAUACUAAUGGUGAGCUGAAAAUAUGAAUUAGAUGUAGAUUUCAUCUGGUUGAUCAGCAAUAAACGGCCAAUGAUGAUCACUGCUUUUGGCCCUCAUUGUGUGUAUUAGUGUUAUAUAUAUAUAUACACAGAGUCAUUAUUCAAAUUUCAAAUAUGAAGAUACUAUUAAUUCGUCAAGGUUGAUAGCCUAGUGAAAGAAAGUCUUUGUUCUAUCAUCAUUCGGUCAGAAGAUUAUGGUUUUGAAUUAGCAUAAUCUACUAUUAUUCGAUUA